UUUUUGGAUCACGGAGAGAAUAUGCGUACCUUCAGUCGCCAUCACAAUUCAAACAAGGCCCUUUGGAAUCAAUACUCACACAUUGUUUCCUCUUCUUCUUCCCUAGAACCAAAAUUGUUACCGUCAUCUGUCUGAAAGAAUGCUGUCUUCCAUGGCGGUUCCGAUUAAUGGAUUUUCUUUAAACCUUCAGAAACCAAACCUUAUUGCUGUCUUGAGGAGCAGAGUUUUGUAUGGUGCUGCAGAAAGCUUAUCCUUCACGCGUCUCUUCAAGCCUUCUUCUUACAGGAUUAGAGCAAGAAGCUUUCAGAAAGAAAACAUAGGAAAGAAUGAGUCUGAAGAUGAGAAACCAAAUGAAGAUGAAAUGCUUAAGAGCGAAAGCACAAGAGUUUCCGAAAAGAAGAGAGUCUCAUUCAUAGCAAAGUUAGGUAUUGGGUUAGGAUUGGCUCUGACUAUUACAGUAAUAUGUGUAACCUUGAAAAGCUCUGCUACUGGUGGUACACCUUUUGAGGUUAAGAAUCUGGCCAAAGCUUCAUCAUCUUCAGUUGGUUUUACAUUCAAUGCGUUUGGAAACAGAUUCGUAAUUCCAGCAAACGCACCCGGAUGGGUUUACUUUUGGUUGCUAAUGGCGGCUGGAUUCGGGCUAUUUAUCAGCGAAGAGGCGCUAAAUAUUUGGGUUGGGAUAACAUUGGCUCGAAUGUUAACUCUGGAUGGGACGUGGCAAUCUUUUGCUGAGUCUUUCUCUCGGAAUGCUCCUUAUAUAAUGUCUACUGUGUCUUGGGUUUACUGGGGAGUUUGUAUAAGCGAUAUGAUACCGUUUUACCUAGGGAAGCUCUUCAGAAAAAGUGGAGCAUCAGAUGAUGUUUGUUCAAAGCUGGGUAUAGGUAAAGAGAAAGCGAUGGGCAUUACCCAGGCCGUCCAAAAAUAUGGAAACCUCUCAGGUUUUGUGGAAAGAUUUUCGCUGGGAGUGAGGAAUCCUACAGCAUUCUUUGCCGGAGCACUUGGAAUAUCUCCAGAAUGUUUCUUUGCAGGAGUUUGCUGCGGUGGUUUGAUAACUCUUCCAAUUCAGCUUGUGAUUGGGUUUCUUCUUCGAGAACGUCCUAUGUUUGCUGUCGCAACAGUAGCAACUGUAGUGGGAAUAUGGACAAUCUUCCCGUAUAUGGUGGCUGCAGCCACGGCUUUGUACCUCUAUAUUCGCAGUCGCUACACACCUAAGACUUAGCUGUCCACAUUACUUAAGUAUAAUACAUAGACAGAAAGAUGUAAGAGCUCAAUACUCAGCAAGCCCAAACAGAUAAGGUUAUAUACGUAUAGUGUAGUAAUAUCUUUAAAAGAGUUUCACUUGAAACUAAUUUGUUCCUAGAACAAA